AUGGGCGUGGCCUUCAGCUCGCUCUGGUCGUCGCUCUUCGGCUCCAAAGAGCUCAAGAUCUGCAUCCUCGGCCUCGACAAUGCAGGCAAGACGACGCUCAUGUACAAGAUGACCCUCGGCUCGGUCGUGUCCACCGCGCCCACCGUAGGCUCCAACACAGAACAAUUCGAGUACAAGAACCUCAAGUUUAUGCUGUGGGACGUGGGCGGACAGACGUCGUUGCGCACGUCCUGGACGUCGUAUCUGGCCUCGACGGAUGCGGUCAUCUUUGUGCUGGACAGCAACGACCGGGAGCGCGUCAACCUCGCGCGCGACGAGCUGCACCGCAUCGGCCAGGACGAACAGGUGGCCAAGGCGCCCAUUCUCGUGUGGGCCAACAAGCAGGACAUCAAGGGCGCCAUGACGCCCGCCGAGAUCUCCGAGAGCCUCGCCCUGACCGCGUUCCGCGAACGCACCUGGCAGAUCUUUGGAUGCUCCGCCUUGACCGGCAAGGGGCUCACCGAGGGUCUGGAUUGGUUGGCACAUACGCUAGGUGCAAAGGCGUAG